GAUCGAGUCAAGAACAAGCCCCCCUCGUCCGCCAUGUGGGAAAACGCACACAAUAUCUUCCCUUAAGGGCUCGGAGGUCGGCCUUUGGCACACACGAGCUCCGGGAGGACGACAUGGAAAAGCCCCACCCGUACCAAGCCAGCGAAACAGAGAAACCCCCACUAGGGCAAGCCACUCACAAUUCGAAUUCGAGAAGCACAGCAGCACAUCACCAACCCAACAUCACCAACAAUCGUCAUGAACACCACAAGAGGCAUGUCAGACGCACAAAGGGCAAUUGAGCUGCAAAUCUGCUCAGACACAGCGACAAGUACCGCCGGCGACACAUUUCGACAAGAGUAUUUGGAUUCUUUCUCUCAAAUGAUAUAUCGACACUACUUCCCAGUUCGGUCGGCUCUCGGUUGCGGGAACACCCUGAUCGGAAACAUCCCAUCGACGCAGGAGCCAGAGGCGUAG